AUGGCGCGUUUCAGCAUCAUUGCAAGUUUUCUCUGUUUUUUCCUUGGGACUUUGUUUGUCGUGCAGCUGUUUUCGGGCCUUGGGUUCUCGCGACAACAGAGAUACUCCAGUCAAAAGGUUGCCCGGUCACAAGAAGCCCCCUUGGGCGAUGAUGUCUACUUGUUGGGCGUGGGAAAGGGAGACAUAACAGGCCCUGUCGUGGAGAUCACCCUUAUGGGCUACGCGAAUUCAGAACAGGUUGGGUCUGGUCUGAGACAACGCAUAUAUUCUAGGGCUUUCAUCGUUGCAGACCCUCAAAAGCCGGAAAGCCGGGUUCUCUAUAUCGUUUUGGACGCCAUUGCCGGUGAUACCGCUAUCAGAGAUGGAAUUCUGCAAGGGCUCGCUGCAUUAGGAGGAGACUACAAGAAUUACGGCCAACAUAAUCUAGCACUGACUGGAACACACUCACAUGCCGGCCCCGGAGCAUGGUUGAACUAUCUAUUGCCGCAGCUCAGCACCAAGGGAUUCAGUAAGGAAAGCUAUCGGGCCAUUGUCGAUGGAACUAUACUAUCUAUAAAACGAGCGCAUGAGUCUUUAAGUCCUGGGAGAUUGACCUUUGCGAAGAGUCAAGUUGAGAAUGGAAACAUCAACAGGAGUCCCUUUUCAUACCUUGCUAACCCAGCUGAGGAGCGAGCUCGAUUCGAUUCCAAUACCGACAGGGAAUUCUCAUUAUUGAAAUUCGAUCGCAUAAAGGAUAAUAAGACAACAGGCGUGCUCACGUUCUAUUCCGUCCAUGGAACUUCACUGUAUAGAAAUAACACCUUGAUAUCGGGCGACAACAAAGGCGUUGCAUCUUACCUUUUCGAACGAAGUGUACGCGGGAAUCAGAAUUUCGCGACAGAUUUCGUAGCCGGCUUUUCUCAGUCGUCUGUCGGAGAUGUUUCGCCGAACAUUGAGGGUGCAUUUUGCGAGGAUACAGGCCUGCCAUGCAGAUUCGAAGAUAGCACGUGUAACGGUAAAGCCGAACUCUGCCACGGUCGCGGACCAUUUUGGCGGGAGAAGGAUGAAGGCACUAAAAGCUGCUUCGAGAUGGGCCGCCGGCAGUAUUCUGCCGCAAAAAAACUUUUUGAUGAGAUGAGCCAGCGCUCGACAAGAAUCCAAGGGUCUGCAGCUGUCUCGUCGUUCCAUACAUUCCAGGACUUUAAGGGCCACCAGUUUACUUCCCCAUUUAACGAGUCUAGAACAUUGUCUUCUUGUGCGGCCGGCCUAGGCUUCGCAUUUGCGGCUGGAACAACGGACGGGCCGGGGUACUUUGAUUUCACUCAAAACGGAACUCACUCCCCAUCUACUCAAAAUCCAUUAUGGCUAUUUGUGAGAGAUCUUAUCCGGGCGCCGAGUGCUGCGCAAAAGGCAUGCCACCAACCGAAACCAGUUCUCUUGGAUGUCGGCUCCCUCACAUUCCCCUAUCAAUGGUCUGCAAAUGUGGUUGAUGUCCAAGUUCUACGAUUUGGUCAAGUAUUCAUAGCAGUCGCCUCUGGAGAAGUCACAACAAUGGCUGGACGACGUUGGAAGGGUGCCAUCGCGCAGGCAGCCGCAAAAUCGUUAAAGGUGUCGGACCCCAUCGUUCUAUUGGGUGGACCGGCGAAUACUUAUGUUCAUUAUAUAACGACAGAAGAGGAAUACCGCGUUCAACGAUACGAAGGCGCGUCCACGCUUCACGGGCCACAUACGCUCGCAGCCCAUGUGAAUGUCACUCUUACCUAUCUUCCGAGUCUUGGGGUCGGCUCUCCGUCCCCACCUGUACCACAAGGGCCAAGUCCACCGAUUAACGCUGAUCGAUCCUUAAGUUUUAUUCUACCAGUUGUUCUGGACACUCCAGGUAUCGGCAAAUCAUUUGGCGAUGUUCUUUCACCGCCUGAAGCCGAUAAGGUUUUCAAACCUGGAGACAUUGUACGGACAACAUUCGUGGGUGCGAAUCCGCGAAACAACUUUAGACUAGAAGGAACUUUUGCCACAGUAGAGCGGCAGAUUCCUGGAACGGAUAAUUGGGAGGUCGCCCGCGACGACGGCGACUGGAACCUAGUUUAUCGCUGGGCCCGCAAGCGCCCAGGUGUCAGCACCAGUGAUGUUGUUGUGGAAUGGCAUAUUGAAGAUGAAUUUUACUCCAUUGGAACGGAGAAAGUUAAGACCGGGACAUAUCGCAUGGUAUACUAUGGCGAUUCAAAGAGUUUGGAUGGCAGGAUUCGUGAUUUUAAGGGCAUUGGCCCUCCUUUCAAAGUUUCUGCUUAA